CUCUCGGGUUUCAGCCAGGCAGCUAUUGCAUGUAGGACUCUCCAGAAUGAAGCUCGUUCAGGGACAGGACGUGUCACUGUUCCAUAUAUGGUCGAAGCCCCGCCCACCAGCGCGUCAUAUUCUGACAGCGCGCAUCCCGUGGGUUUAGAGUUUUGGCUCCCGGGAAAGGUUCCACUCCUCCGGGAUAGAGGGUUGAGUUUUGUAUGCUUCCAUCCCAUUCUGCAAGACGCUAAAGGCCUCUCAUCAACCUCUCCCGUGUCCAGGAACACCUCCAUAGUAAUCAUUUCGUUUAUUUUGCCUUUUGGAGCUGCAGCGCAUUGCCAGAAGUGGUCGAUUCAACUGAUGCUUUUUAAAAAAAAUGCUGCUUGUUGUAUGAUGACUCCAGCUUGAGGAGCCAUCACCAAAAACAAAAAGUUUUCUUCAAACGCAUUUCGAAUAAAAACUUGAAUAAAACAGAAGCAACUACAACCAUAUCCUGCUAUUUGAACGACUUCUUCAACGACUAGGAUCACGUUCCAAACCAGCUACCGAGAUAGACUACAGUAACCCACUCUGUAAAUUGUUCAUGUCGUGCCAACACAGGACGGGCUCAAGGAGACAGGACUUGUGAACUCAACUGGGACUUUUAUUUCGUUCUUACACGUUAAUUACAACAAACUUAUUUGACUGUUAUUUUGUCAACCACCGAGAAGGAAAGAUUGCUCUUCAACAGCUACCUUCCUAUUAUUCUCAUUUGGCCGGAGCGGGUUUGUACGAAACGGCUUUAAUGUUUGGAAUUCAGGAAAAUAUAGGCUUACCUAGAGGAGGGACGACUAUGAAAGAGGAACCGCUGGGCAGCGGGAUGAACUCGGUCCGCUCGUGGAUGCACACAUCUGGGGUAGUGGAUGCGAACACAGCCGCCCAAAGCGGUGUGGGUUUGGCUCGGGCACACUACGAGAAGCAACCGCCGUCCAACCUCAGAAAAUCCAACUUUUUCCACUUCGUUCUCGCGCUGUAUGACAGGCAAGGGCAGCCCGUGGAGAUCGAACGGACAGCUUAUGUGGACUUUGUGGAGAAGGACAAAGAACCAAACAAUGAAAAAACUAACAAUGGGAUACACUACAAACUACAGUUAUUGUACAGCAACGGUGUCAGAACAGAACAGGAUCUUUUCGUACGAUUAAUCGAUUCCAUGACAAAACAGGCUAUUAUCUAUGAAGGCCAAGACAAAAACCCAGAGAUGUGCCGAGUGCUUCUCACACACGAAAUCAUGUGCAGUCGGUGUUGUGAUAAGAAGAGUUGUGGCAACAGGAACGAGACUCCUUCAGACCCCGUUAUCAUCGACAGGUAAGAUCGCUGUUUGGCACACUUCUUUUCUCUCUUCUGGUGUAGUCGUGUGGCGUGUGCUGUGUGGAUGUGCGGAGUGUGAUGGUCAUGGUUGUUGUAGUCAUUCUGGGACUGUUGUUGCAGUCGUUCUUGGGAUUCUGUGGUGCCCAACUUCUGUCUCUCUCUCUCUGUCUCUCUGCAUUGUGCUGUCUCUCUCUCUCUCUCUGUCUCUCUCUCUCUCUCUCUGUCUCUCUCUCUCUCUCUCUCUCUCUGCAAUGUGCUGUCUCUGUGUUUGUUGUUCUCCUGCGUUGUUGCACAGGUGGGUUGACUUGGAAACCUGGAAGUCUCUGUGGGGAUUGGGUAAUUGCUAGCGAGUUGUCAGGGGAAACAGUUUCCUCGGCCUUUCCUCUCUCUGUGCUCUGCCCUGCUGUGAGGGAGUCAGUUGUUUACGCCCGGAGUACGUCUGGCUUUACAUUCAGACAUGUAUCAUUGAGUGGCUGCCUCCUAAUUUGCGAACAAGUGUUUUUAUUCAGUGCUCUGUCAUUUAUUCCGCUAUACUGUAUAUCUAUGUGAAUCUGAGUGCUUGGCUGCCUUCCUAAAUGGGCCCACUGUCCAGGAGAGCUUGAUAUCACGUUAGAUGUAUUGUUACUGCUACUGGGCUGAGCACAGUUUUCUCAGUCGUAGUUCAUUGGAUGUGAACAAGUAUGUUGGGAGAAGGAAAAAAUGAUGAGUUAAACCAGGGUGAGAUAUGGAAAAACCAGGAGAAAGAAAGACGAUAAGUUAAACCAGGGUGAGAUAUGGAAAAACCAGGAGAGGGAAAUAUGAUGAGUUAAACCAGGGUGAGAUAUGGAGAAACCAGGAGAGGGAAAGACGAUGAGUUAAACCAGGGUGAGAUAUGGGCCACCAGUGGAUAGCAAUGCUAAUGUUUGAGUUGUUAGAAUAGCUGUUUGCUUAGCGGAGAGUAUUUGGCAUCUGACACAGGGAACAUCUCUCUUAUUAGUAAUCAAAUAUGGACGGCCAGUUGCUGCCUUCACUCAGUCAGUGAGAGAGUCUAUGUGUCAACCAGUGGAACAUAGAGCUCACAGACGACUCACAUUCUGGGACUGGAGCAACUCUGGCAGAAUGUAGGAAUGUUUAUGGAUUCACAAUCACGUGUAUGAUUGCAUUUUGGGGAUUUAUGCAUUCAUUUUACGCUGUUACACAUUAUCGUAUUAUGACUGUAUAUGUAUUCAUGUAUGUGUGUAUUAUGACUCUAAAUGUAUGUAGGUUAUUUUGUUGUUACUUAGAAACAUAUAACGUGUUAUUAAUGGAAUGUUGUUUUGUGGAAAUAGGUAGAGGGAAAAUGAUGCUUUUCAGAACUACUUCAGUUGUACAAAUCUAUACACGUGUUUCCACGUUGCCUCCUAUUGGUUGAGAAACGGACAUCAUUAUUUGACGGCGGAAUGACAGCGUGUGUGAUUUGAUGUGUGCGUGUGUGCGUGUGUGUGUGUGUGUGUGUGCGUGCGUGCGUGCGUGUGUGUGUGUGUGUGUGUGUGAUGUCAUCUGUCCAGUAUUAAUAAUAUCAUGUUAACAGGGUAGAUUUCACUAGUUCUGGGCUUAGCACUGUUAUUACUCUGCAAUGUUGUUGCUUCAUUUUAUUAGUAUUUUAUCAGUAUUUUAUUAUUGUUUUAUUAGUAUUUUGUUAGUAUUUUAUUGUUGUUUUAUAAGUAUUUUGUUAGUAUUUUAUUAGUGUUUUAUUAUUAUUUUAUUAGUAUCUUAUUAGUAUUUUAUUAGUAUCUUAUUAGUAUUUUAUUAGUAUUGUUUAACUAUGUUGAACUUGUGUCUGUGGUGCUGACUGAGAGGGAAGUGACGAGUCCAAAUAAUCCAUAGAACUGCUACACAACAGAUGAGAUCUAAGCCGUAAUUCAAUCACAGGUUAAAGAGAAGAAAACGCUGUGUCUCACAUAACCUGGAGACGGCGCUCUGUAAGUCUCACAGCGAGCCGGUUUGUUACGGUGUGAAGCAGUGGAAACGUGUAGCUUAGCCGCUCCCCUCCCUGGCCCUCUCCCUUGCCUGCUAUGAUCCCUGGGAAGGCAGAGGAAACAUGAGGUCUUUUCACUUGUCGUGCCGGUGAUAUUGUGUAUUCGGGGCUUCAAAGUCAGGCCAGCACUUUUAAAACAGGGCGUCUCUGACACAGUGAGCGCUAGUUGCUCUUCCCAUAAACUGCUUGACUUUGUAUUGUGACUUAAACACAGUUAAAAAGGGAUCCAGUGUCUCCGCACUUUGUGCUUCAAUCUCACCCAACAAUGUGAGUGUAACAGAAGUCCAAUAGGAACAUUGGACAGAGAAGGGGGGGGGGGGGGAUGGAAUCCCAUGACUGAGACAAGAGAAGCAAAACAUGAGGAUACUGUAGCAGAAGUUCAAACAAGAGGAUUAAAAAGCUUCACAUUUUCAUUGUGAUGUGUGUGAAUGGGUCUGGGGUGUGGGUUUCAUAGAGGAGGGAGUAGAUCCGUCCUGUGGAAUCACUAAAGCAGAUGGAUGUCAUUAGGCUCUGCUAUUGUCUGUAGACGAACUACCCCGAGCCCAUGGUUUUAUCCUAUAGCCCUGUGUACAUCCAUCCAGACAGAAAUCACUGCAACGCUAGUCAUCGGUGACUGCAGAGCUCAUGUUCUGUAUAUAAAGAUCACAAGAGAUGAGGAGAAGAGCAGCUCCGUUCAUUAUGCUCUUGUCUUUGUAUGUUUGGGUCUUCUUGCUGUAGCUAUGGACAUUUAAACGUCUAUGAAACAUUUUUAUUUUAAUUUAAAAAAUAAAUAAUUGUCUUUCAGGUUUUAUUGUUAUUGAUGUUUUUUAUGUUCUGUGUCGAAUGGUUGCUUGGAAAUGUGGGUAUUGCAUGUACAUGGACAGAGUGUCCAACUGGGUGAAACUGAAAGGACGGAAUGUUGAGGCUGACAAGGGAAGUCCGAUUACGUUACUAUCAAAACAUCUAACUGCAGAGUUCUAUAGAGAGCGAAAGAAAGAGACAGAGACAGAGACAGAGACAGAGAGAGAGAGAGAGUGAGAGAGAGAGAGAGAGAGAUAGAGAGAGAGAGAGAGAGAGAGAGAGAGGUAGAUAUAUAUAUAUAGAGAGAGGAGGGAGAGAGCUGGAUAGAGAGAGAGAGAGAAAGAGGAGGGAGGGUUUUGCACUGUUAGGGUAUGCUAAGCGGUCCGGUCUCCUGAUCCAUUAUCGAUAACGCUCUCAGCAACAUUUUCCCAGAUGGCAGGGCAUGGCAGGGCAGUCAUACUGCUAGUUGGCAUGAUGCAGGACAGUAACUGGCAAACUGGCAGAUCUGGCAUUUUCACUGGAGUUUAGGACACUUAUCAUUCCAAAUGUGUCCCAUUUUCCUGUAGUCAAGCCAGACAUCUGUUUAUCCCAUUUUCUUUUGGACUUUUGUUACAGCUUUAGGUUUUGUGGAGGAAAAAAAUAGAGAAGUUGGUCCGAUUUAACAGCUGUUGCAGAAAUUCGUCGUUUGACCCCGGUGCAUCUUUCAACUAUUAGAACAAUAAGUCAGAUGCUACUACUCCUAUUCUGUACAUGAUGGCUACUUGUUAUUGACUUAAAGAUACAUAUUUGCUGUAGUUAUUUAAAUGUUCUACUCUAGUCUGUAGGUCCACAGGACAGCCUCAGUAAACCAACAUCCUGGGUAUUCUGAUCAGUCAGAACACAGGACAGCCUCAGUAAACCAACAUCCUGGGUAUUCUGAUCAGUCAGAACACAGGACCGCCUCAGUAAACCAACAUCCUGGGUAUUCUGAUCAGUCAGAACACAGGACCGCCUCAGUAAACCAACAUCCUGGGUAUUCUGAUCAGUCAGAACACAGGACCGCCUCAGUAAACCAACAUCCUGGGUAUUCUGCUCAGUCAGAACACAGGACAGCCUCAGUAAACCAACAUCCUGGGUAUUCUGAUCAGUCAGAACUCGGCUGCAGUGGGUUCAGUCAGAACUCGGCUGCAGUGGGUUCAGUCAGAACUCGGCUGCAGUGGGUUCAGUCAGAACUCGGCUGCAGUGGGUUCAGUCAGAACUCGGCUGUAGUGGGUUCAGUCAGAACUCGGCUGCAGUGGGUUCAGUCAGAACUCGGCUGUAGUGGGUUCAGUCAGAACUCGGCUGUAGUGGGUUCAGUCAGAACUCGGCUGCAGUGGGUUCAGUCAGAACUCGGCUGUAGUGGGUUCAGUCAGAACUCGGCUGCAGUGGGUUCAGUCAGAACUCGGCUGUAGUGGGUUCAGUCAGAACUCGGCUGUAGUGGGUUCAGUCAGAACUCGGCUGCAGUGGGUUCAGUCAGAACUCGGCUGUAGUGGGUUCAGUCAGAACUCGGCUGUAGUGGGUUCAGUCAGAACUCGGCUGUAGUGGGUUCAUCUGCUCUACAACGUCAGCUUAUGUUUUGGGGAUCUAAUAAUGGCGUUGUGUCUGAAGGGUGAUUGGUGGGUUUUUCCUCGCUACUAGAGCUUCCUUUCACUUCCUGUCACAAAGGUCAAGAUGACCGACCUCUCCAGACAGCCCACCCAUUGAAUUAUUCAUGACAUUGACUAUUUUGUGUGUGUGUGUGUGUGUGUGUGUGUGUUAGUGCACACAAUUGUCAGUGUCCCAAAACGUCCCCCCUUAUGGACCCUGGUCAGAAGUCGUUCACUAUGUAGGGAAUAGGGUGGCGUUAUUCUCUACACUUCAUAUCAUUCAUUCGUACAGCUCAUUUAACGAGAGGGCAGCUCCUUCUCCUUUGCACCUGUUCAACUAUUAAUAUCGUGUCGUUUGGUUCCGUGGCCGACUUCGCUUAUUAACAUUCAUUAUAUUCAUAUUAGGAUUAGGGAGGAUUGUUGUGAUCGUUACCACACCGUGUCAACGGCUAACAGUCAAUGUUGGGUUAAUGUAUAACACUCCUGUCCAUGUUAGGGGGGGUUUUAUUGAGAGGAAACAACACUUUGGACAGUAGUCAACAUUGACCCAAUGGCCAGUGUUUUCAUUUCCCUCCCUUUUUUAAAGCAGACAGACACUUUAAAGAGCUGUUUAGGUUUUUCUCUCCCCCUCAUGGCUUCUUCGCUAAAGCGUGAUUAAACCACUCUCAGGCAGAGUUACUGUACAAAUGGCAGCUUUUUAUAAGGUCAGCUCUUUUGUGGUGAAACGCUAUGUAAAUUAGGAUCUGCUGUGAAAAAGGAGGGGGGGGGGGGGGUUGGACAUUAAACUCAAUUCAAUUCAUUGUCCUCCUUAAUGUCAUUUUCCAUUUUGCUAACGUCGAGUCCUGGAUGGACUGUCAGGAAGUAUUUCUGAAUUGAUUUUAAUGGCAUAUCAGCCUGGAAACAGAGGG